AUGGCGGAUUUAGAUAGCGAAUAUCCGAGAGCGGAAAGUGGUAGACCAUUUCUACCGGAAGAAAAUAAAGAAUUUGUCAAGAUCUUUAAUGAACAGAAAUUCAGACCUAGAACUGCUAUUUUAAAAGUCUGCAAUUGCAUGAAAUUAUUAGGCAAUUCGUUGUAUGGUAAAUCUAUUCAGAAGGAUAUAAAUACAUCGAGACAUCUAUGGAGUGAAGCGACUUUAAAAGCCAACUUCGAUUCACACGUCAAAAGCUAUGAAAAAGUAAAAGAUAGUCAAUAUAUAGUUCAGAUGAAUGAUGAAGAAAAAGAAUUUAUUCCUCCUAAAUCUACACGACUAACACCUAGUCAUUUGGGAUCAUUCGUUUUAUCUCACAGUAAAAAAAUAAUGAAUAAUUUCAUUCGCGUAAUAGAUGGAUUUUAUAAGCCUGAAAUAUACUAUACGGAUACCGAUAGUUUAUACAUUUCGUCUAGCAAUUGGGAUAAAUUAUAUGAAGGUGGGUUGGUGUCCGAAAAUGAUUAUUGUAAAGGAAAGAAUGAUUACGGUGAUGGUGGAAUUAUAUUUGGUUUAUAUUUAGCGCCAAAAGUUAAAUACAAUAUCAUUCUAACUUCCGAUGGUGUUUUAAAAGAAAAGAAAACGUUUAAGGGUUACUCUAAAGAUAAGAUAUCCGUAGAAGAUUAUAUUCGAUUAGCUAGUGGACUCGAUGUAACGAAUGAAUUUAAGAAACCUUGGGUAAAAAGUUUCACCAAUGGAGUAGUUAUUCCAAAGGAUGAUGAUAAACAAAAGAAAGUUUUUAGAAGUUAUCUAAAUCUCGUUAAGAGAAAAGCACCAAACAGUGAAGGAAUCAUGUAUCCUUACAACGACGGAAAAGAAUUGAACAUAGAUGAAAACUACGAAUUUGGUGAUUUCGAUUACCUUACUAUUCAAGAAGAGAAUGAAGAGUGUUAA